AUGGCGAUAGGACAUUUAUUAGCUGCCACAGCCCUCAAGACAGUUGGAAUUGUUGGAUCCACCCUUUGGAUCAUACCACUUAUUCUUGCCAGUUUGACAUUCAUCAAUUACAACCAAUUAGAUCCAGAAGCUCCAAUAAUCAACCAGAAAACAUUGUAUACGGAAUACGAUUUUGUUGUGGUAGGAGGAGGAUCAGCAGGAGCUGUUGUAGCGUCUAGAUUAUCGGAAAUUCCUGACUGGAAAGUGCUGCUUUUGGAAGCAGGUGGAGACGAAAAUGAGAUUUCUGACGUACCAAGUCUGGCGGCUUACUUGCAGCUUUCCAAAUUGGAUUGGGCUUAUAAAACGGAGUAUACUGGCAGAGCUUGUUUAGGUAUGAAAAAUGGUCAGUGUAAUUGGCCUAGAGGCAAAGUGCUCGGUGGAUCCAGUGUUUUGAACUACAUGUUGUACGUUAGAGGACAUCGGAAUGACUACGAUCAUUGGGAGGCACUAGAAGACAACAGAAAUCCCUAUCUUGCGAAAACUCCUUAUCAUGGAACUGGUGGACUACUCACCGUCCAAGAAUCACCUUGGAGAAGUCCAUUGGUUGUAGCAUUCGUAGAAGCUGGAAUGGAAAACGGAUACCCUAACAGAGACAUCAACGGUGCUGACCAAGCAGGAUUCAUGAUAGCGCAGGGCACAAUUCGAAGAGGCCAACGUUGUUCUACAGCCAAAGCUUUCUUGAGGCCAGUGAAACUGAGGAAAAACAUUCACACAGCUUUAAAUGCUCACGUCACCAAAGUACUGAUAAAUCCUACCAACAUGAGAGCGUAUGGAGUUGAAUUCUUUCGAAAUGGACAUCGGCAAGUCGUAAUGGCUAGAAAAGAAGUUAUCCUGGCCGCAGGCGCAAUCAACACUCCCCAAAUUUUGAUGUUGUCAGGGAUAGGGCCCCAAAAGGAACUUCACAAGCACAACAUUCCAGUUUUAAGGAAUUUACCCGUUGGAAGGAAUUUGCAAGAUCAUGUGGGAAUGGGAGGAUUGACUUUCAGAAUUGACAGGCCCGUAUCAAUCGUACAAGAUAGAUUCCAACCAUUUCCUAUGACGAUGCAAUACAUUCUCAACGAGAAAGGCCCAAUGACCACCUUGGGCGGUGUUGAGGGGCUUGCUUUUGUUGAUACAAAGUAUGGCAACAGAUCCUGGCCAGAUAUCCAAUUCCAUAUGGCGCCAGCCAGCGUCAACUCAGACGCGGGAGCCAGAGUAAGGAAAGUUCUAGGUCUAACUGACGAACUGUACAAUGCAGUGUAUAAACCUAUAGCCAAUCAGGACGUCUAUACUAUAAUGCCUCUACUAUUACGUCCGAGAAGUCGAGGUUGGGUGAAACUGCGAAGCAAAAAUCCUUUCGAUGCCCCAAUCAUCAACGCCAACUAUUUUCAUCAUCCCUUCGAUAUUAAAAUCCUUGUGGAAGGUGCUAAGAUUGCUGUAAAACUUAGUGAAGCCAAAUCGUUCAAAAAGUUCGGUAGUAGAGUGCAUCUGAUACCUUUUCCCAACUGCGAAAAAUUUCCAUUCGGCUCUGAUAAAUAUUGGGAAUGCCAUAUACGAACUAUUUCGAUGACCAUUUACCAUCCUGUGGGUACGUGUAAAAUGGGACCCGAUUGGGACGAAGAGGCAGUGGUAGACCCUAGAUUACGAGUAUAUGGAAUAGCGGGGUUGAGGGUGAUAGAUGCUAGUAUUAUGCCAACGAUCCCUAGCGGCAAUACUAAUGCUCCAACGAUUAUGGUUGGGGAGAAAGGUGCUGAUUUGGUUAAAGAAGAUUGGUUGACGAAUUAUUCAAAAUAAAAAUUUUAUGAAGUGCCAUAAUAAACAAUUAGGUUUUCUAGGAAAGUUAGGUCAUAAGUGCCAUAAUGUUAUCUUCAAAUUAUUAUAUGUAUGUAUGUUGGAAAUGGCUGGGCAAAAAAGCAAUACACCAAACAAGAGAAUGUUCAUUAGAAUGAGUUUUCUUAGUUUUGGCUAUAUGAUUAGGGUUCAUGAUAUGCUAUUGCAUGGAUUUCUCUAUAUCCAAAAAAAGGUUUUUUUAUACGGAUUACGUAACUAUGUUUGUUAUAUUGUUGUUAUAGAGUUGUGUAUUAUAAAUUGAUGAAAUAGUUUAUGUUUUCAUAAGGUUAAACUAAAUAUGUAUGUAGUACUACCUAUAAUAACCAAAUUGUAAUUUUGUAAAUAAAAUUUUA